AUUCUUAAAGCACAUUUUAGGAUAUACUUUUGAACUUAUUUCAGUUUUAGAUUGAAGCCUAGUAAAUAAAUGAAAACAAAAUAACACGAUUUAAGCUGACAUCUCUCUUGGAACAUAUCCUGGGAUUUAUCCACUGCUUUAAGACGCAUACACUGAUCUAACUCUACAAUACAUAAGAAGACAUUGGAUCAGUCUAGUAUUGAUCAGCUGAACCAACUUGUAGAAUAGGCCAUGGAGAGCCUAGUCUCAGCACUGAUGCUUAUCACAUUGGCCUUGUCAUCAUUAGUUGUGGCAGGUAGUCCAACAGGUACUGGCGUUGUGUCGGCUAGGGACACAGAUAAGGCCUCUGCUCUCAGGAAUAAGUUGCAAAAGUUACGCGAGCUGUUGUCCCAAGACGUAGAUGAAGUAGAGUUGAAGUCGUACACAGCCCAGAAACCAGCGUCUGAUAAAGUAGAUUUAAAGUCGUACACUGACCAGAAACCAGCACCUACCAAGACACCAGCGCAAGAGGUGUCUGAAGAUGAUAUGAAACACGCGCUUACGGCAUCUGAUGUGGUCCCAGUAAAGUCUUUUAAAAACAUGUCUACUUACAUUCUUACUUACUUACAUUACUUCAAUCUUUUAUUUUGUGUCCAGGGUACUAGAGCGAGCAUACCACUAUCAAAAAGUGACGAGGAUUCUAUAGACGUCUUAUCUAAGGCACUAGCACGUCUACAUCAGCCUAAAUAUAAAAGUAGGAUGGAUUCUAUCGGGGAGUAUUUAGGCACCGAGUACAACGAAGAAGAAGAACCUGGACAGGACGUGGUCGAACUGGAAAAUCUCAUCCGACGUGCUUUGGUCAAGCUCAGUGAAGAAAAGACUGCUCACCCCAAACCAGCAUUGUUUAAACUUCCCUCAACUGAAAACAUUCGACAAAUAGAACAGCCACAACACACGGAAGAGAACCAACUGAAUGCGGAGGUGUUAAAAGAUAACAAGCAACUAAAAGCAGAAGCUCUGAAAGCUGUUGAGAAUCAACUGCUCCGCGAUAUAUCGCUCCUUAACAAGCUGGGUUUUACAGUAGAUGACGUCAUAUCAGAUCUCCAGAAUAAAGAAAACAGAGACGAUGAAUUGAAGAAGAUUGAGGAAGAACUAGACAGAUUGGCCAACUCGUGACGAGUCUUAUUUCACUCAGGAGGAGGAGGUGGGGAGGAGAGGGGUGAGAGUGACUGGAGUGAGUAAUGACGUCAUUUGAGAAGAAUGUGCUAGGAAUGUAAAAAAAAAAACAACUUUUGAUUACAUUCGCAUUACUUUUGUAAUAAUUGCCUCUGUGUCUCAAUUAGAAUAAACAUUGUUUUUAUUUCA